CUUUUCCGUAUAAUCUGGUGGUCUUUGUGCGUUUCAUUUCAACAACACAUCCUCUGCCACAAAGAUGUACGGAGUACCUCGUUUCAACACUUGACUGUUAUUUGGCUACAACUUUAUCAACAACACCCACUUUCUUACAUUGUGUUUUCUUUUGUUGUUGUCAAUGGCGUCUUUUUUGACUUCAUCUCCCACUUUCUCGCUUCAAAACAAGAUCAGUUAUCACGGUGAGAGAAAUCCACUUACUACCUUAUCGGUAUCGUUUUCGAGCCCAUAUGUCGGAAGAAGGGGUAGAGGUUAUGGGAGUUAUUCAGUAUCAAGAGCUACUUCCAUUGAAAAAGAUGUCCUUCACAAGGAUGUCCACGGGGUUGAUGAAAAAGAUGCUAUUGAUCCAGAUUUUGGAGUAGUUGGUAUGCACCAUGUUGGCGUUCUCUGCGAAAACCUUGAACGAUCACUUGAUUUUUACCAAAACAUUCUAGGUUUGGAGAUAAAUGAGGCUAGACCACAUGACAAGCUCCCUUACAGGGGUGCGUGGCUGUGGGUUGGGUCUGAGAUGAUUCAUUUGAUGGAGCUUCCAAAUCCUGACCCAUUGGCAGGGCGACCCGAACAUGGGGGCCGAGAUCGUCAUGCCUGCAUUGCGAUAAAGGAUGUGUCUAAGCUUAAAGAAAUCCUCGACAAAGCAGGUAUACCUUAUACCCUCAGUCGAUCUGGAAGACCCGCACUCUUCACUAGAGAUCCAGAUUCUAACGCACUAGAAUUCACGCAAGUUUAAUUGUGCAGUAUACUUUUUUUUUUUUUUCUGUACUUGUACAUAAUGGUAAAAGAACAUUUGUAUUUAGAAAACCUGGGUUUUUUAAGCCUGAAAUACUAAACUGUGUCUGAGAACUGCAUAUUUAAACGAUACAUGUGUUACAUGCUUACAA